AUGUUGAACGUGUUCCGCGUCGCAGCGGACUUCUCCCAUUUGGGAUCCAUCUUCAUUCUGCUUCACAAGAUGAUCGACCUGAGUAGCUGCUCGGGCAUCUCUUUCAAGUCACAAGCCCUCUAUCUCCUGGUCUACGUCACAAGAUAUCUUGACCUAUUCCAGACCAACAGCCUCUACAACCUCCUCUUCAAGAUCGCCUUCAUCGGCGCGCAGGGCUAUAUCAUCUAUCUCAUGACGACAGCGUAUAAGCCCACCAACGACCCGAACGUGGACACCUUCCGAGUCCAAUACCUCCUGGGAGGUGCGGCGGUCCUCGCCAUCCUGCUGCCGUACAAGUACACCGUGUCGGAGAUCCUGUGGGCCUUCUCCAUCUGGCUCGAGUCCGUGGCCAUCAUGCCACAGCUCUUCAUGCUGCAGCGCACUGGGGAGGCCGAGACCAUCACUACCCACUACCUGUUCGCGCUGGGCCUCUACCGCGCCCUGUACAUCCCCAACUGGAUAUACCGGUACUUUGCCGAGGAGGGCCACAAGGUGGACUGGAUCGCAGUUGUUGCCGGCCUUGUCCAGACUGUCAUGUACAGCGACUUCUUCUGGGUCUACUACAACAAGGUACUGAAGGGCAAGAAGUUCAAGCUGCCCGUGUAG